ACACAGUGCAACGGAUGCAGCAAAACCGGCGCAAGGUCGGCGACGGGCUCGAGGUCGAGGCUGGCAGCGCCAGCGAGGACGGACCGCUACGACCGGCGAUGGCGUCGGCCAUGCUGCCCGUCGUCUACCUCUCGACCGAGGCCAAGGACAAGGAGUGGGCGACUAAGCUCUGGCGGCACGUUCGCCAUUCGGUGCUCUUUGCGUGCACCGCAGAGUGCGUGACAACGUGCUUCGUCCCAGUGUGGGCCCACGAGACGACGGGCAUCAACGUCAGCGCGACGCUCCUCAACAUCGUUGGACCCUUCCUCGAAGGCUGUGCGUACACGCUCCAGAACGCGACGGCGCAAGACGAGUGGAAGCGCGCUUGCCGCUACUUUCGCACCGUCUUCCUCGGGGUCUUCACAUCCUACUGCUACAUGGUCGACCACGCCGGCGACCUCGUCGCGCGCAGUGCGUUCCUCGGCCCGCUUUACAUCAUCUCAACCAUGUGCUAUGCAUCCAUCGCAUUCCUUGUCGGGCAGCGGCUCAUGCACUAUUGCAUCCAUGCGCGCAAGUUUCCGCGCCAUCUCCCGCCGGUGCAGUACCUCUGGAACAGCCUCUCGCUCUUCAUCGGCAUCGUGCUCGUCGUCGCCGUCCUCGGCCCUAGCGGCUUUGUUCGCGAUCCGAAAGACGCGCAUUUUCUUGGAAGUUUUCAAGUCAACGAGACGCUCGAGCUCGUGGUCGGUAUGCUCAUGUCGUGCCUGGGCAUCUUCGCGUCCAUGUACGUGGGCCAUGGCAGGUACGACGGCCUUGUCGACUGGGGUGCGUGGCGCUGCAACCUCGCCAGUGUCCUCUUCCUCGUGCUGGCGUACGGUACGAGCUACUUUGUACCGAGCGCGGUUCAGAACGUCGUCGUCGCCAAGUUUGUCUCGUCGUUCUGCGGCUCGCUCUCGUGCUUCUCGACCGCGAUCACGUCGACGAUGAUUUUGGUCGAGUCGAAAAAAAGCCCAUGGCCGCACUGAGCUUUGGCGUCUCGGCCGUCACAGCCCUCGUCUUUGUACCGUAUUUAAGAAAGUAACAAGACUCGCCACCAUGGG